AUGGAAUCCUCCGGUUCCCCAGCAACUGCAUCCACUUACGCCGGCGCUGACGCCAGCCCAUACCAAGUGUCGCACGCGCCAGUUCACGAGGGAGCUUGCCCUACUGACGACGGAAACGAUAUUCGCCGCUUCGAACUUCUUCGAUCGUUCAGCUAUGUCAUAAGCUGUGUCAUACUGAGCAAUAUGUUGAUUGGAUCCGCGUUCAUAGUAUUGGUACAAUACGUGUUCCCUUUAUGGCACCAAGACGAAUAG